AUGAAGACCGAGUUCUUGAAGAAGAGGAGCCUCACAUUUAAAGAGAUCUUAGUAGCUGAAGUCGAAAUUGGCCAUGGCAGCUAUUCCAGUAGUACGAGUUUAACGUUUCAGUCAGCACUUGGUCAGCAUUCGGUAACCACUAGAGAUAUUGAUGUCAAUGAACAUACCAUGGUGCAAUUUGAGAUCAAUGCUGGGUGCACAGACCAGACUAUUGCCACAAACCCAAUUUCCCUGGAAUACUCAAGGGACUAUGGAACCACUUGGGACCUCCUUAAACCAGACUGCUUUAAUGUCCACUGGUCUAGUAGCCUGUGUUCUGGUCAAGCCUCUGAGCCAAGUGUGUAUUACAUUGGAGAGCAGAAGCCUUGGGAGAGAGUCACCAUACUAAUCAAUGGACUUCAUAUUUGCGGAACUGUUCGUUUCCGAUGGUACCAGGGUUUCUACCGAUCACGACGAGAGCUUAUGCAUCCUUGGGCUCUAGAUAACAUUUACAUUGGUCCCCUUUGCCCUCAACUGUGCAAUGGACAUGGUGCUUGCAUUGAUGGGAACCAGUGUGUAUGUGAUGAAGGAUAUAGUGGACGGAGCUGCCACCUCGGCAAGCAGAAUCCAAGAUACCUCAAGGAAACAUUUGAAGAUUCUGAGGUGGACUCGAUGAAGUUUCUUCAGUGGAGUGGUGGGGAAGUAACUGAUAAAUGUGGUACCCUUAUCACUGGCACCAGUCUACAUUUCGCUGGCAAUGGUAAACGUGUGUUGGUGACACGGGAUCUGGACCUGACAGCUCCCAGCAUCGUCCAUUUCUUCAUUCGUCUCGGGUGUGGUCAAGCCACGCCCAGCAUCAAGAACCACCCUGUACAGCUCCAGUAUUCAACCAAUGGUGGUAUUAUCUGGAAUCUGAUUGAGGAGAUUGAUUUCAACAAUAGGAGUAAAGUCUCCAAGUACGUCAUGCUUGAGCUACCAAGCAGUGCAAGGAGUAAUAUUACUAGAAUCAGAUGGUGGCAACCGUCACAUGAGGGCAGCUUCUUGGAUGAAUGGGCGAUUGAUCAGUCUAUGGCUUUCCGAUCCAAAGGAAGUGAUAACUACCAUCAUUUCCUGUGGAAGUUGAAAUUCAUGGCACAUAUAUAUGAAAAAGAAAACUCAAAGAAGCAGCAAAAUCAUGUUCACUUUGAAGAGUCGCAAUGGGACAGGGUGAAGAAGCAAGUAAAUGAAGAGCGCCCUCAAGAGUUUGCUCCUCCACAGCAGUACAACUGGAUGAUGCCAUCGAUGAGACAAACUCCAAAGAAGAAGAGCAAGUUUGCGUCCACAGAAACUUGCGACGACACGCUUAACACGUCAAAACAGCCGCAGGAGUGCGCUCCUCCUAGUAGUUCUGCAAAGUGA